CCGAGCCGACCAACCCCAACCAUCGGCAAUUGUGCGGGGGAGAACCCCAGCGGGGCAGCGGGCUUGCUCCAGUCGGAUUUCACGAUGCGGGAACGGCCCUUUCUUCUACUCUCCUGCUGGUGAAUAUCAUCCGAACUGCCACUCCACGACUGACUUGACCUCAAAUCUUACGAUACCACUGCACAUCUGACUUUGAGGAACGCACCAGACAACACGAUACACCAUGGCUUCACAAACACAAACGCCCUUCACCCGCUUCGUGCGUUUUGUCCCCCGUUCUGAUGCCAACAAGAUUCUCAUCGGCGAGCCUGAAUCAGAGUCUAUUGAUGUUGGCCUUGCUGUGCGCAAUGGCGAGCAAGUCAAGGUUGUGGUGUGGUCCGGAUCCAGCGUUCUCAAGCCGGGUUCCAAGACCGAAGAGCGGGCCGUCAUUGACCGCGUCCUCUCGCCCGUCUCUGCCGAGGAAGUCGGAACGAUCCGAUGCAUUGGCUUGAACUAUGUUCAACACGCGAAGGAGACUGGUUUGGCCCUGCCUGAGGUCCCGACUGUGUUCCUGAAGCCAAGCACUGCCCUGGGAGACCCAUGGCCCGCGCCUACGGUACUUCCCCUGCUAACUCAGGCUGAUGACUGCGGUGACUACGAGUCUGAGCUGGCUGUCGUGCUGGGAAAGACAGCCAAGAACGUCUCUGAAGCCAAUGCUCUGGACUACGUCUUGGGUUACACUGCUUGCAAUGAUGUUUCUUCCCGGACGUACCAACUGAACCAGUCUCAAUGGUGCUUCGCUAAGGGAUUCGAUGGAUCCUGCCCAUUGGGGCCAACUCUGGUUUCUAAGGAUCUCAUCCCGGACCCAACCAAGCUGAAGAUGCGCGGCUUGAAGAACGGUGACGUUCUUCAGGACUCUCCUAUUGACGAUCUCAUCUUCAGCAUCCCGAAGCUCAUCAGUUUCCUGUCUCAAAGUACGACCCUACCCGCUGGAACAGUGAUCAUUACUGGAACUCCUGCUGGAGUCGGCCUGGGCCGGAAACCAAAGGUUACUCUGAAGGACGCCGAUGAGUUUCACGUCGAGAUUCUUCCCCAUAUCGGCACACUGGUCAAUACCUUCCAAAACGAGGUUGGACAGUAAAGGUGAGGCCUACAGGAGGAUGCAUAUGAGAUGGAAUUAUAUGCACGGAGGUGUCGCUUGAUCACUAAGUGAUAAGGACACAUGCGACGAGCUGUUUUAAUUAAUAAGACCAAACGAUGCACGAGUUCCAAGUAUUGGUUUAUAAGAAUUGAUGCUCUCAUCAUGACCCCUGAAUGCACUCCCCACCGCCUGAGUUUUGGACGGCCAUGUGCAUUGAGUGUUCCUACUCAUGUUAACAAUGUGAGAUUUUGGGGAGAUGGAUC